AUGGCGCAUCGAAGAGCCAAACUGUUGUUCCUUCUAUGCGCUCUCUGCUAUUCCCUAAGUGCCAUUGCUGGGAAGAGCUAUUACGAUAUUCUUCAAGUGUCGAAGGGUGCAUCUGACGAUCAGAUAAAGAGGGCGUAUAGGAAGCUAGCCUUGAAGUUUCAUCCCGAUAAGAAUCCGGGCAAUGAAGAGGCUAAUAGGAAAUUUGCUGAGAUUAGCAAUGCUUAUGAAGUUUUGUCGGAUAGCCAGAAGAGGGGAAUUUAUGACAGGUAUGGUGAGGAGGGUUUGAAGCAGCAUGCUGCUGGUGGAGGUGGAGGUGGUGGAAUGAACUUCCAAGAUAUUUUUAGCACUUUCUUUGGUGGCGGAUCAAUGGAGGAAGAAGAGAAAAUUGUAAAAGGAGAUGAUGUGGUUGUUGAAUUGGAUGCAACACUUGAAGAUUUGUACAUGGGGGGUACCUUGAAGGUUUGGAGGGAAAAGAAUGUACUCAAGUCAGCACCUGGGAAAAGACGCUGUAACUGUAGAAAUGAGGUUUAUCACAAGCAAAUUGGACCUGGGAUGUUUCAACAGAUGACAGAGCAGGUUUGUGAGCAAUGUCCUAAUGUCAAAUACGUAAGGGAGGGUUAUUUCGUCACUGUUGAUAUUGAGAAAGGCAUGCAAGAUGGGCAGGAGGUGCUAUUUUAUGAGGAUGGUGAACCCAUAAUUGACGGAGAAUCUGGAGAUUUAAGGUUUCGUAUCCGUACUGCACCACAUGAUCUCUUCAGAAGGGAAGGCAAUGACUUGCACUCUACUGUCACUAUAACUCUUGUUCAAGCCCUUGUUGGUUUUGAGAAGACUAUUAAACACCUAGAUGAGCAUCUGGUGAACAUAAGCACAAAGGAAAUCACAAAGCCAAAACAGGUGAGGAAGUUCAAAGGGGAGGGUAUGCCAUUGCAUAUGAGCAACAAAAAAGGAGAUCUUUACGUCACUUUUGAGGUUCUAUUCCCCUCGUCACUAACGGAGGAGCAAAAAACAAAGAUAAAAGCGAUUCUUGGUUAG